AUGGAUGUGCGGGAAUUGCUCAUACGCAGCGGCACGGCACCACUGGCUUCUCUCACUUCCAUAUUUUCACCAUGUCCCACCACCUGGCUUCUUACCACCACCGGGCUACCUUCGCAGUACCCUUGUUUCCCGACCAGAGAGUCACAAAACAUUGCGGGAGCGGGCUUCCAGUACUAUUCACCAGCCAUCUGUCCGCGAGGCUUCGUAGCCGGCCCCAGCUACCGAGUGACAAAACCACGAACCAACGAGAGAUUCCCCGUCAUCGCCCCCGGAGAGACGGCUGCGUACUGCGUACCCAGUGGCCAGACGUGCGCGACAGACACGAGCGACAUCCGCGGCAGUGUAUGGGGAUUUGCACGCGCGGCGACCGCGGCUGGCUCUCCCGUGACACUUGGACCUGCCUUGAAGACUCGAUGGGUAGAGGCUGAUCCAAGUAUGCUGGAAACACACCCCCUGACGCCCGGCCUGAAGUUCGCGAGGACGGGACCGGCGGCCGCUGAAGCAACACAUGUAUCGACAACGACCGUCACCGAGCCAUCGACCACCUUCGUCUCGCUUGUGACAUCAGUCUCGACCGAAAGCGGGAACCCUAACGUUCUCAUCACAGACAGCAGAACCAUCGACCCAGAUGCAACGGCAUCUAUAAGAUUCACCACCGACGGCACUAGCCUGCCUGGCCCGGCCACCACUGCUGGUGCGAUUGCCGGUGGAAGCAGUGGGGGUUUAAGCAGGAACAUUACCAUAAUUAUCGUCGUGUCGGUGACGGUAGUAGUUGGGAUUGCGCUCUGGGCCCUAGUUUUCCUUCUCAUCCGACGCUACAGGGCAGGCAAGCUCAAAGGGCGCGGCUGCUGCUGCUGCUUUGGACUUGGGAGAGGAGAUGACAUCUAUCACGACGACAAACGCUCGGCCCGGUCAUCCCACAUGCUCGGCAAGCAGGACAAGGACAAGAUACCGGGCGCCGAGUUAGGCAUACCUCCAGGCUAUUCGGAGCUCGACUCGGGCCCGAUGCGUGGCAGCACGCCCAACCCGGCCGAGCUCGAUGGGCGUGGUGUUGGCGAGAUGCCGUGGAGAUCGACGUGGGUGCCGCAAGUGCCACGCAUCCUCCACCGAGGCGAGCAGUCAUCUUCACGCUCGUCACGCUCGUCGCCGCGGCGGACGGUGAGGGAGUCAUUCGGAGAGAAGAUCAACGACCCAGCCACAGCACUAGGCAGGCUGCGCAUUUCCCACUCGAGAUCGAUGAGAAAGGGACAGUCUCCAAAGGCGUCGCCAGUAUCGAUACGGCCAGGACCGUUUUCGAGGGCUUCGCGCAGCCCGCCCACCUCGAACCUACCGACCAUGCCGAACAUGAGCCCACCGAGCAGGAGCCCGCCAAGCAUGAGCCCCAUGAUACCAAGCCCCCUCAGCCCGAGUCCCACAUUUUUCAGGUCGACGUCGGCCACUUCGAGCCCAAUCAGCAGCGUCAGUCCAGCCUAG